GGCUAAGGGAAAGUCACUCAGUACUCAAAGACCCUUCUAUUUUUCCUUCUAAUUUCUGCUGUGACUUUGUUACAAACAAUCCAACCAUGGCCUCCUCUAGCACCGAGAGACCCUCUUCUUCUUCCACUUUUAAGUUUCAAUGGAGCUACGAUGUGUUUUUGAGUUUUAGUGGUGAAGAUACUCGCAGAACCUUCACUGAUCAUCUCUACUCGGCUUUGAUUCGUAACAAUAUUGGAACCUUUAGAGAUGAUGAAGAACUUCCAAGGGGAGGAGAGAUUAAACCAGAGCUCUUUAGAGCUAUUGAAGAAUCAAGAAUUGCCAUUAUUAUCUUCUCAAAAAACUAUGCUUCUUCCAAAUGGUGUUUGGAAGAGCUUGUCAAGAUCAUGAAAUGCGAAGAAGGAAAAGGACAAGAAAAAAGAUCAGUUAUCCCAAUCUUCUAUCAUGUGGAGCCGACUGAGGUGCGGAACCAAACUGGGAUUUAUGGGGAUGCAUUUACCCAUCAUGUGGGAAACGCAGAUGAGGAAAAAAUAAGGGAAUGGAGGUCUGCCUUGGCGAAAGCGGGCUAUUUGGCUGGAUAUGAGGCGAACAAGUACAGGUAUGAAUCAAAUCUUCUUGAUGAUAUUAUUAAGGAAAUCCACAGAAGGUUACCUAAGCUUUUAUAUGUCGACCAGAACAUCGUUGGAAUGAAUUCUCAUUUGGAAAAACUAAUGUCAUUAUUAGAGAUUGAACCAGGUGAGGUUCGCAUGAUUGGGGUUUAUGGAUUUGGUGGAAUUGGUAAGACUACCAUCAUCAACGCUCUUCAUAAUAAAAUCUUACAUAAAUUUGAGAGCGUUAGCUAUCUUGCAAAUGUUAGAGAUUCUGAUUUACUUAAGUUACAGCAACAACUUCUAGAUGAUACUCUAAUGACAAAAGGACGAAUAGCUUUAAAGAAUCUUAUUGAAGGUAAAACAGCAAUAAGUGAGAAACUUUCCUCAACAAAGGUUCUUAUUUUUCUGGAUGAUGUGGAUGAGUUAAAACAAUUAGAACACUUAAUUGGAGGGCAUGAUUGGUUUGGUCCAGGAAGUAGAAUUGUCAUAACUACAAGAAACAAAGGUUUGGUAACUAGAUAUGUGGAUGAUACAUAUGAGGUUGACAAAUUAAAUUAUAAAGAAGCUCAUCUACUUUUCUGUCACUAUGCCUUUAAACAAAAUUGUCCUAAGGAAGGUUAUGAUAGUCUCUGUCACCGUGCAGUGCAAUAUGCUGAUGGUCUUCCAUUAGUACUUAAAAGGUUGGGUUCUCAAUUAUCUAGAAAGGGAGAACAUGAUUGGACAAUUGAAUUGACUAAACUGAAAGAAGUGCCUAACAUGGAAAUUGUAAAAGAGCUUAAUAUAAAUUUUCAUGAAUUAGAUCAUACAGCGAUGAAUAUAUUUCUCGAUAUUGCAUGUUUUUUUAAAGGACAUGAUAGGCAAAGAGUUUCAAGGAUAUUGGCUCGUUUCCGACACCAUGCAGAAAGUGGGAUAAAUGGUCUACUCAGUAGGUGUUUGAUCACCAUUUCAAAGAUGAAUACAAUAAAUAUGCAUGGUAUCUUAGCCCAAAUGGGUAAGGAAAAAGUUGAUAUAGAAGAUCGUCGUGAACCGGGAAACAGGAGCAGAUUAUGGAGACGUAAGGAUAUUCAUCGAGUAUUAAAAAAGGAAAAAGAAAUGGGGACCCAAAAAGUUGAAGGGAUAUUCCUCAAUGAGUACAGAACAAAACAGAUGCGGUUUAUGGGCGAAGCUUUCCAAAGGAUGAAUAGACUUAAAUUGCUUGAAGUCAACCACAAUCGUGUGCAACUUUUUGAAGAUUUUGCAUUUCCUAAAGAUGGCUUGACAUAUCUCUAUUGGGACAGAUAUCCUUUAGAAUCUCUACCAUCAAACUUUCAUAUGAGAAAUCUUGUUGAACUCAAUUUGAAGAAUAGCAAGAUAAAACAACUUUGGAAAGAGAAUAUGCUUCUUAAAAAUUUAAGGCGCAUCGAUGUCAGUGGUUCACAACAGCUCACUGAACUACCGGAUAUCUCAAGUGUGCCAAAUUUGGAGGAUCUAAUUCUUUCAGGGUGUGUGAGGCUUGGGAGUCUUCCUGGGAACAUUUAUGAGUUGGAACACCUUUUAACUCUUGAUUGCAAUGACUGUUCAAAACUAACUAGUUUUCCAAAAAUCAAGUGCAAUAUUGGAAAACUAGGGGAGCCUAGUUCAGAUGAAACAGGUUUAUCUCUCUUAAGUGGACUGCAUUCAGAUCAAUGCAAUCUAACACCAGGAGUAAUAAAGAGUCAUAACUGCUUGAGCUCAUUGAAAGAAUUAAGUCUAAGAAGCUGCAAUCUAAAAGAAGGGGAAGCCCUCAAUCAUAUUUUCCAUCUAUCUUCAUUGGAAGUAUUAAAUCUAAGUUGGUUCAAUUCAAAGGAAGGAGGAAUCCUCAGUUACAUAGUUGAGCGUAUUGGUCAACUCUCUAACCUAAGAGCCCUUUACUUGAGUCACUGCAAGAAGCUUCCACAAAUUCCAGAGCUUCCUUUGAGUCUACGACUGUUAGAUGCGCACAGUUUACAUGGGACCUCAUUGCCACCGAUGCAUUCCCUGGUGAAUUGCCUCAAAUCAGCAAAUCAGGAUUUAAAAUGCAAGAGCAGUUCAAAUGAAGUACUUCUCACUGGUUCUGAGUACACUGGCCAUGGAAUUUGUAUUGUUUUUCCAGGAAGCAGUGGAAUUCUAGAGUGGAUAAAGAAUCAGAAAGAGGGAUCUUCUAUAAGGAUAAAUCUUCCUCAGAAUUGGUAUGAAAAUAACGACUUCUUGGGAGUUGCUAUAUGCUGUGUUUAUGUUCCACUUGAUGAAUGUGAGUAUAUAUCUGAAAAUGAUUCUGCAUAUACAUCUGAGAUGGAAUCGGAUGAUGGAUCUGCUUAUGAGUCCGAGAAUGAAUCUGGUGACGAACCCCUGAAUGAAUCUGAGGAUUUACUUGAAGCUGAAUCUUCAUUCUUUGCUAAGUUAGCAUGUCAAUUGGAAAUGGAUGAGUCUGUGCAAGAUCUCAGGUUUGGCACUACUUGUAAAUGCUACCAUUUUGGAGGUGUAUCAGAACAAAUGUGGCUGAUAUUCUAUCCCAAAGUUGCUAUUCAGAAGAGCUGUGGCUCCAAUCAAUUCACGUCGCUUACAGCUUCAUUUGUGGGCUCUUACAGUAAUUUUAAGGUGAUCAAGUGUGGGCUCCAACCUAUAUACGCCCAAGAUCCAAUGGUACAGACUGCAGAUGUGGAUGUUAGCUGCUUGGAAUGUCAGAGGAAUGAGGAAAACCGGAAUCUUUGUUUCAAGGGUCAGACAAUCAACCAACUACCCAUUGAGUAUCCCUCUGAAGUUGAAACCUUAUGUUUGCGAGACUGCAAAAACCUUGAGAGUCUGCCAACAAGCAUUUGGGAGUUGAAAUCCCUAAAAUCUCUCGUUUGCUCGAACUGCUCACAACUACAGUGCUUUCCAGAAAGCUUGGAGAAUAUGGGAAACUUAAGGGAGCUUCACUUGAAUGGAACAGCUAUAAAAAAGCUACCAUCAUCAAUUGACUAUAUGAAUAAGCUUGAAGUUUUGAAUCUGGAAAGUUGCCAAAACCUUGAGACUCUUCCAGAAAGCAUUUGUAAUUUAUGCUCUCUUGAAGUUCUCCAUGUCAGUCACUGUUCAAAACUCCACAAAUGGCCACAAAACCUGGGGACGCUGAAAAGUUUGAAGCUUCUCUAUGCUUGUGGCUUAAAUUCAACGUGCUGCCGAUUGCUUUCUUUGUCAGGUUUAUGCUCCUUAAAGUCGUUAUUUUUAUCUCAGUCAAAGCAAAUGGAAGGAGCAAUCCUGAGUGAUAUUUGCUGCUUGUACUUGUUGGAAGUGUUAGAUCUAUGUUUCUGCAAUAUAGAUGAAGGAGGAAUCCCCACUGAAAUUUGCUACCUAUCAUCUCUGCAACAAUUACUUCUAAUGGGGAAUCUUUUUAGGAGCAUACCUUCUGGGAUCAAUCAACUUUCUAUGCUGAGACUCCUUGACUUGAGUCACUGCCCAGAGCUUCUACAAAUUCCAGAGCUUCCAUCCAGUUUGCGAGUCUUAGAUGUACAUGAGUGCACACGGCUGGACACUUCAUCAGGUCUACUCUGGUCUUCGCUAUUCAAAUGCUUCGAAUCAGUGAUUCAGGAUUUGGAAUGUGGGAUUUAUGUUAGAGAAAAAUGUUUUCGCCAAGGAGUUAGUGUUAUUAUUUCAGGAAGUAGUGGAAUUCCAAAAUGGAUAAGCCAUCACAAAAAGGGAGCUAAAGUAGUAGCAAAGCUUCCUCAAAAUUGGUAUAAAAAUAACGACUUUUUGGGUUUUGUUUUGUACUGUGUCUAUGAUCCACUUGAUAAUGAAUCUGAGGAGAGACUGGAGAAUGAUGCAACUUACUUCAAGUAUGGUUUGACUUUGCGUGGUCAUGAACUUCAGUUGGUGGAUGGUCUCUCAUUUUAUUUCUCGGGUAACUGCUGUAAUGCUGUACCAAAAAUGUGGAUGAUUUAUUAUCCUAAGGUGGCUAUUAAGAAGAAGUAUCACUCAAAUAAAUGGGGGCAGUUGGAGGCUUCAUUUUGUGGCUACUUACAUGGUAAAGCAAUGAAAGUGGAGGAGUGUGGGAUCCAUCUUAUAUAUGCCCAUGAUCAUGAUCAGAACCAUGAUAAAGCAAUGAUACCCACUAUUUGCUGGAAAUGUCAACAGGAUGUGCAAUCCCAACGGCAGCUUUGUUUAAAGGGAAAUGCUAUCAAUGAACUACCCACUACUGGGUGUCGCUUAAAACUUGAUAGCUUAUGUUUGUGGGAAUGCAAAAUCUGCACGAGUCUUCCAAGUAGCAGCAUAUGUGAGUUGAAAUCCCUUACAGCUCUCUUCUGUUCAGGCUCUUCACAAUUAAGGAGCUUUCCGGAAAUCCUUCAGGAUUUGGAAAAUUUAAGAGAACUUCAUUUAGAGGGAACUGCAAUAGAAGAACUACCAGCAACAAUUCAACAUCUAAAAGGACUUCAAUGUUUAUGUUUGUGGGAAUGCAAAAGCCUUAAGAGUCUUCCGAGUAGCAUAUGUGAAUUGAAAUCCCUUACAAUCCUCUUCUGCUCAGGCUGUUCACAAUUAAACAGCUUUCCGGAAAUCCUUGUGGAUGUGGAAAAUUUAAGACAACUUCAUUUAGAUGGCACUGCAAUAGAAGAACUACCAGCAUCAAUUCAACAUCUAAAAGGACUUCAAUAUUUGAAUCUGAAAGAUUGUUACAAACUUGUCAGUCUUCCAGAAAGCAUUUGUAAUUUGAGUUCUCUCAAAUUUCUAAAUGUCAGUUUCUGUACAAAACUUGAGAAAUUUCCCGAGAACCUGAGGAGUUUGCAAUGUUUAGAGGCUCUAUCUGCUUCAGGUCUAAAUCUAAGCAUGCACUAUUUUAGUAGCAUACCUGCAGGCAUCAUUCAACUUUCCAAACUGAGAGUCUUUGACUUGAGUCACUGCCAGAGGCUUCUACAAGUUCCAGAGCUUCCGGCAAGUUUACGAGUUCUAGAAGUCCACAGUUGCUCAUGCUUGGAAACUUUAUCAAGUCCAUCAAGUCUACUUGAUUUUUCUCUGCUCAAAUGCUUUAAAUCAACAAUUGAGGAAUUUGAAUGCGGCUCCUAUUGGAACAAGGCAAUCAGAGUUGUUAUUUCGGGAAAUAAUGGAAUUCCAGAGUGGAUAAGCCAGCAAAAAAAAGGAUCUCAAAUAACAAUAGAGCUUCCUAUGGAUUGGUACAGAAAUAAUGACUUCUUAGGAUUUGCUUUAUACUCUGUUUUUAUUCCUAUGGUUUAUGAUGGCUUGAAUUGCGAAUUGAAUUUCUGUGGUGAUCAAUCUGAAUGCUGUCACGUUGAUGAUGUCUGGUUUUUAUGCUGCCAAAUUUGUGGUGAAUCAAGUCAAAUGUGUGUGACUUAUUAUCCGAAGGUUGCUAUUGACAACCAGUAUUGGUCAAACAAAUGGAGACGUUUGAAGGCUUCAUUUCAUGGCUUUGAUGGUAAACCAGUCGAAGUGAAAGAGUGUGGGUUCCAUCUUAUAUAUACGCCCAAUGUUAUCAGCAAAAACAUCCCACAACAUACCAAUACUGAUGCUCAGAGAAGCUGUGACAACACGGAAGCCACCAAGCACAACCAUCAGAAAAUGAUAGAGUAUAAUGAUGAGCAGAGAAGUUGUGACACCAGAUCAGCAGCAGAAGAGACUAAUACUAAUGCACAAACAAGCUAUCACUACUCACAGUGCACUGAGCUUAGCGAUUCUGCAAUGGAUACGACGACACAGAAUAUUAACAGUGAUGUUGAUGCCCAAGAUGAUGAAGAGGACCAUAUGCACAACUGGUUGGAGCUUCUUUGCAAAUUUGUUCAAUGGAUAUGCUGCAGAAGAUACUAAACAUUUAUCUCAAGCUUUUUUGCAGGAAAUUACACCUUAGCCUUUGACUUGAUCAAGCUUUGGAAGGGCAUGAUACAUUGCUCAAUGGAUGACAUUAAGGGCCCAACCUCUAUCAAGUUUGAUUGAUAUCUAAAUGGAAUAUCUCAAGCAAUUGAAAGUGCAACCAUCACAUGAUUAGUUAAAGGCUCGAAACUCGAUUGGUCAAUCUUUGCAUCUUUUGUGACUGAGGUAUCCAUUUUAAAGAACCGUGUUAAUAUUGCCAAUGGUACACCUAGCAGGAUCAAGAAGUUAAUUGACGUGGAAGCAUUAGGGCUUUCAAGAUUAUCGAUAAUUUUGCUUGACAUGCACACAAAUGUUAAGUUUUAUUCCUUGUUUACGCUUCCACAAGUCAAGUAUGAUCAUUGGUUUACUUGUCUGCAUGGGGGAGGCAAUUCUUGGAAACAAUUUUCUAUUUCCCAUAUCAUGUUUCGCAAACAUCCAAUUUUGAGUUCACUUAAAAAGAAGCGUCUUGAAGUCCAACAA